GACAUCAACCAUAUUGUGCAGCUGUGCAUUUCUUCAUUUUGAUGUUGAAAUUGCUUUAUUUUACAUUUUAUAUUUUUUUAAAGAUUACCGUAUAAAAUUUUAAAUACCUGUUCAAUUUUAAAACAUUCAAUAGUGACAAUCUCUGCAGUCUGCCGAUGAUCCGAUCUAAGACUACUGACUAAGACACAAGAGCUAAUUAGUAGAAACUAAAAAUUCAUCAUUUCUGAUUUUGUUAUUAUUGACUUAAAAUUAAUUCAAAUUACACAUUUUAGCAGUAAUUUCUGUCGUGUAUCAUACCGGUCUCAUCUGGAAAACUAUCUUUUUUGAACUUUUUGUUUAUAUAAUAUAAUAUUGUGUUUUCCAUGAAACGAAACACGGAACAAGGCCAAAAAGAGUCAGUUGACAACAGAUUGUUAGUACAAUAUGCCUCUGUGAAUAAUAUUUUAUUAGUACAAGAUGCUAUUGACAAUGGAGCAGAUGUAAAUCUUAUAUGGGUAAAACAGCAGUCCUUAGUCCUUGAUUGAUACUUGAUAAGAUUAACCAAUCAUAUUCAUAUGAGAAUAAUAUAAUAUAUCACACAAAAACAUGAAAUUAUAUUAUUUAUCAUUUAAUUAUAUAUUCAAAAAUAUUUUUUUUAAAUUGUGAAUUUGACAUAUACUUUUUGUGACUUGAGUUUAAGUAAACCAAUUUGUGUUAAUUUGGAUUAUUAUACAGCACAGUGUGACUUGGUAAAGCUCUUAGUCUUACUCUAAGCCUUGCCAUUUAUCACAUUUGUGGAGAGUCAUUUUUAUGAGUUCUCCAUACUGUGUAUUCACUGUAGUCUGUAGUGAGUAGUAGUGUAAUUCCAUAACUGGAUUCUGCUGGCAGGGCCAUGCAGAGGAUAUUUGAGCCCCAAGCCCAAGCAAAUCUAAAUUAGACAAUUUUGGGCCUCCACAAAUUUCAAAAUAGUUUUGUCAAAAGUACCCAAAACAUAAUUCUGAGGAUUCUAUCUAUAUCGUAUAUACCCGGUAAUAAAAAAAAAUUUUGUGUGAUAAAUUAAACCAGUUGUAUCAAAAGUAAUUGUACCCAAAAAUGAUUCUGUGGAUCAUAUAUCUUAUAUUAUAAAAUAUUUUUGUGUGAUAAAGCAAACAAGUUGAUAUAUUUUUACAUUAAAAAGAAAAGAAAUUCUUUGUGAUUAGAUUCAUACUUAAAAAAUUCAAAACAACAACAAAAAACAACAUCAUGCCAAAAAAUACUGGUUGGCCUAUGUUACUUCAUACUUCUGUUCUACCACAGAGGACCUUUACUCUUCCACACAUGUAAUUUGUUCUACCACAAGGUUCCUGUUAUACCACAGGGAUCACCUGUUCUACCAGGGUGGUCCUGUUCUACGACAGGGGUCCUCUGUUUUACCACAGGUGUCUUCUGUUUUAAUACAUUUACAGAGGUCUUCUGUUCUACCACAGGUUUCCUCUGUUCUAUAAUUUGAUGCAUUCUUUUUGGUGCAUUUAAUUUUAAAUCAUAAAUACCAGUACAUGAUUAGAAAACUUAGUAAAAAAAAAACUUGUCAAAUGUUGUUAUUAAAUUGUUUUGUAAUUUGAUACCGGUAAUUGUGUGUUGGUGACAUGAAUUAUUCUACUGCAGACUGAAUGGCAUUCACUACAUUUUGUAUGCAUAUAAUAUAAACUUUUCAUUAAUUGUCCAAGAUGCAAACCAAUACCACCUAAGAAGAUUUUGUGAUAAAUGUAAAUUGUCCAUAACUCGGUGCAUGUAGCAUAAGUAUUUUGCUUGGAUCUUAACUCAAUAAUCUUUUAUAAUAUUUAAAAAAAUUAUUGAAUAUAGGCGUACUGCAAAUAAUAAAACAUUUAGUAAGAGUUACUUAAAGUCAAAGAUUUUUAAAUAACUCAAUUCCAUACAACAUUUGAGAUUUCAAAUUUUAUUAUGUUCAUUGCAGCAAGGUCAAACUGCAUUGUUUUUUGCCACUCAGCACUGCAACUUGGAAAUGCUGAAACUACUGUUGCAAGCAGGAGCUAAGCCAUCAGCUAUUAAUAAAGUUUGUAUUGUAAUUUAUGCCAAUUUUUUUUUUAAUUUAUGUUAUUUUAUGUGAGACUCAAAGUAGAUUAUGCUUUUUCCUUAUAAUUUAUUUGAAGUGAAACCCUUAAAGAUUUAGGAAAGAGCUUACUGAAGAAAUUACUUUUUAAUAGUGUAAAUUAAGUAAAUAGGUUUCUAAAUUUAAAAUGUAAUUUUCCUGCACUUAAAUCACAAAUAUGUUCAAAUAAUCAAAGUUUUAGUUUUAUAAAAAAAAUUCUUUUGGUUUAUUUUAUGGUUAACAAUAAGAUUUAGAAGCCAUCUAAAUUUGAACUUAUGUAUGUUUUUAAAACCAUUCAAUCUUUUGAAUCCCUUCUCUUCAGGAUGGUUUAACACCAUUACACAAAGCAUGUGAGAAAGGGGCAUAUGACAUUGUUCAAUUACUGAUAGAUGCAGGCUCUGAUGUCAAUGUUAGCUCAAAGGUACAAGUAAAUUUGUUUUUUCAAAUUUGAGUGCUGAGUACAGACUGAAUGAAAUAUUUAUUUGUUGUCCUGUAUUUCAUUUUAAAUAAAAAAUUUUGUUAAAUGUGAUCAUUGUUUUUCAUAAUUACAGUACAUGUGUUUUAUGCACAAGUCUGAAUAAUUUUAUUACGUACUAUAACUUUGAUGUGUCCUUCAUUUUGUGUUACCUGUUAUGUUUACCACACAAAAAAAUUAUAUACUGAAAACAAAAUGAUAAUUUUUAACAAAAAUAAAUAAUGAGUUAUAAAAUCAAAUAAUCACUCUAAACGUCAAUAUUGUCAUUCAGGAAAUGAGGUCUUACAACAUAUGAAGCCUGAUUUGGUUGAUCAGAGUCUUAUGUUUAAAUUAUUAUAGUUUGAAAAUUGCUUUCUUAAUCAGAAUGUUUAUCCACAGUAUUAUGUAUAGUAUAAUAAAAACAAAUUUCCAUUUAUUUGGAUCAAUAACAAAAUUUAUCUUAACUUUAAACUAAUGCCCCAAAAAUAUGUUUGCCUGUAACUAUGUAAAUAAAUAACUGAAGAGGUAUUGUAAAAUUAUUUAUUGAUAAGAAAACAUCUCACUAUCUAGAGUUAUCCAUAUUUAGUAUAAUACACACCUUCCUGACUUUAUUAUGAAACCAUUGUUAGCAAAAUUGAUUCAUUUCAAACAUGUAAAUUAAUACUAUAGCAUUACACUGCUGGUUAUGAUCUCAAUUAUUUUAAUGGAUCAGUUAAUUAUCAGUCAGUUUUCAGUACCUGUACAAGAGAUGACAUAAUUUCAUUGAAAAGUGAAGUAAAUAAACUUUAUCUUUUGAGUAGAGUUCACAUCUGGAGGCUAAUUAUAAUUAUUUACCAGUACUCAGUAUUUUUUUAGCUAAAUAAAUAUUCCAGAUGCUUGCCCAGGACCAAUGUGGACUGAAAUUUGAUUUGCUCUUAUUAUACUAACUUAAGCUAGUGCAUUUAUUUAAUAAUAAACUUCCUUAAAAUAGUACCGGUAGUUAAUGAAAUAAAUAUGGAAACAAAUUUUUAAUUUAUUUUAACAUUCUAUCUUUUUCAGUAUGGAAGAACUCCUUUGCUGUAUGCCGUUCAGUACGGAAAUUUGGCAUUGGUUUUGUUGCUUCUUAAAUAUAAAGCAAAUAUAAAUGCAGUUGGUAGAAGCCUAGGAGCAUUCACUGAGAGAAAUGUAUGAUUAGCAAAUGUGCAGUUGUGUGGCUUAAAAUAAAUGCUGGUUCACUAAACUACUUCCUGUGUUUACACUUGUGAUUACAAAUAGAGGGUUAUUUAUUUAUUAUAUUUAAAAUUAAUAUCAUAUGCAGACAUUCUCAAUUUGCUAUUAAUUAAUAUUACUUUUAUUUGGUUGUCAGUGUGCUAUCGAGCAAUGGUGUACUCCACUUGGUCAAGCAUCAAAGAUGGGACAGUCUGACUACAUUUUAGCAUUGGUAGAAGCAGGGGCACGAUUAACAGAUGUAUUGGUUAGUAGACUAGUUGACAUGGGCCACUUGAUACGGGUACAGUAAUUUAAACAGACUAAGAAUGUUGUUACUGGUACCAGAAUAAGAUCAGUUGUAAACUUAAUGUUUACAUCAUUCAUUAGAAUUAUUAUAAGAACUUAACAUUUCAUAUUAGGAUAAACUUGAAAAUUAAUCUGACGUCUUUGAGCAUGCACAAAUAUGAAAUAAUGGUGUGUUGGGGGUGUGUUGGGGUGUGUUGGGGUUUUUUGGGGGUGUCUUGUGGGUGUUUUGGGGUGUUUUGAGGUUUGUAGGGGGGCUGAGGGAUGUAAUUCUGGUCCAGAGAGCGAGGUCAUAUAACUAUUAUUUUUAUUCUUAUUUUUGAAAAAAAAUUGCAUUGCAAAUUUACAAAAUUAGUCUUGAUUACUGGUACUAUUAAAAACUAAAAUGUAUUAUUUGUUUACGAUUUGUGAAAAAUAAUUUCUGGCAUUUUGCUUGAAAAAUGCUUGUUUUUUUUUUAAAUUUAUUGGGAGGCGAAAUGUUGCUAGAAAUAUUAUAUAACGUUAUCGGGGAGUUGUCAAUGGAAAUGUUUUAUUAUAAGGGGUAGAGGGGUGGAUAAAAUUGUUUUAAUACUUUUGUGUUAUAUAAUAAUAAUAAUAUAUGUGAAUGGCCCCUUUACAGAUCAUGGUUAAUGUGCUGACAAAAGAAAGGAAGAGUUUCACAGCCUUUGAUGUGAGCUUGAGCCAUUCAGAUCUAAAUGUGCUGUCAUACUUAAUAAAGAAUGGUGCAGCUAUCAAACCAGUAUGCUAUGCUGGUAGUGGUAGCCAUUUUGUUUGGUCAGAGGUAUUCGAUUCAUUAAUUUACUUCUUAUGAAAUUUAUUUUUUAUUAAAUUUAAUCUUAACAGCAUACCCGUUACUUCAAAUGAUUUGUCAAUUAUCCAGGCUCUUUAAAUACUUUAACAUAUUAAUUAAAAUAAACCCUAUCUCAUUCUUUCAGAUUUUGGGUAAAAAACUUCCAUAAGAAUUUGUAUACCGGGCACAUUUAACUAUUAUAUUAAUUAAUCUUAAAAAUUUUUUAACAAUUACUUGCAGUUAAAUUUAAAAUAAAAUAAGUAAAAUGAGAUAGCACAACAAAAAAUGAAUGUGUCAGAAAGAAGCCUUCUUCAGCAAACAGUUCAAACAAAGAGUAACAAAUAUAAAAAGCUUAACUGAAAUGUUGUACCGGUAUUCACAGAAUAGCAAUAGAAAUGAAACUUUUUGACAUUUUUUUUUUUAAUCUUCACCGAAGAAGGUUUACUGCUGACAGGUUCAUUUGUUGUGUUAUGAUUUUUCCCCCUGCCCCCUUUUAAAUAUUUUCCUUCACCUAAGCUGAUUGCAGUCUGCCCACUUAUUAUCAUUUUGAAUUAAAUAACCAACUUUUAAAAAAAAAAAGAUUGGCAGCAAAUUGACAUUUUCUUUUUUUCUUUGAAUAACUGAUGCUAAUACUAUAACUAAUGUCAGGGAAUGCUUCUAGUACUGGGGCAGCACACUUGAAUUUUAAUCUGAUUGGUUUAUUUAGUGCUGUCACCAAUGUUUGGCUGGCUAUAACUAGUAGAUGGGAAGUUAAGAAGAAGAAAAUAAAAAAUCUUAUUACUAUAACCGGUACUGUAGUUUCUUUUAAUGCAGUACAUACGCAAUUAGAUACUGGGUACCAUCAUCUUAAAAAGUCACUCCAUUUAGUAAGUAGUCUUUUUAUUUUUCAGGCCUCGUGCUCUGUGAUAACAGCUCUUCAAGGAUGUCACCUUUCAGAGGAAUUUCUAUGUAAAGUUCUAUUUCUGUUGACUCAAACAGGUUUCAGCAUUCAAAAAGACUCUUACUGCAAGGAUCUUAUAAAAUCUUAUAAGCGUAAAUCAGAUCAUGAAAAUAAAAAAUGUGAUAGAGAUUUAUUGCUGGAUAUAUUAACUGAAAUUUCAGUUGGUAAUUUUUCAAAUGCAUGCCAAAAGUUAUUUGCUAGCACAAACUGUACACAUUCUGACAGAUCAAAAACAGUGCAGCUGAUACUAGAAAAUUCCUCCAAUGUAAAUACUCUCUUAGCAAAAUGCAGGAUUCGAAUAAGGAAUCGUUUAAGCCUUGUCAACCAUAGGAGAGCCCUGGGUCCAUUGAUAGAGAGAUUACCAUUACCAAAUCAACUCCUGCAAUACCUUAUGCUUGAAUGUUAAGUUGUGAUAAACCUCGUUUAACUUUUCAUUGUUACAGGUACUGUAAGUUAAUGAUAAUGAUUGAGAAACUGAGGAAUUACAAUUUUACAACCCUAAAUUAUUGGAUAAAAAUACUAUUACUAAGUAACUUAGACUAAGUAUUACUGCACGGGUUCCGGUAUAAAGAAUUAUUUUUAAUUUAUGACAAUUUAUGUAUGUACCAGUGCUUUGUAACCAAAUAUGUGCAUAUUUGAUAUGACAUUACCCGAUAAUUAAAAUUGUGUAAAUAAACUCGUUAAUAGCCAAUCUAUUUGUAAUCUUUAAUUAUAUAUAGUAUAGCAUAACUGUUGAUAAUCAUGUAUAUCUUAAAUCUUCCUUGCCAAAGCACAAUACAAAAUAAAACUUUUUUAUUAUACAUAAGUACCAGUACCUCUGACUAUAUGAAAAGUUACUUGUUAAUGAGGCUCAGAUUCAGAUAGCUUUUGUCAGAUGAGUGGUGCUCCAAAAGUUAUCUAACAUUAAAGUAAAAUAAAAUUUAAAGUGCCGCAAUCCAAAUAGAAUUUAGGCCCUACGCACUG